AUGAAUACAGCAUUAAUUCUUAGUGGUAUUGGCGUCUGUCUUUAUUCCAUAACUCUCGCUAUCUGUAUAACAAUGCUUAUAUUGAUUUGCAUUCGUAUUCGUGCAUUAAAAUCAAAUGUAUCAAUUCUAUUGACAUGUAAUACUUAUUUUAACUCCUUAUUAGUUAGUUCGAUAAUGCUCUUAAUGUAUUCAUAUACUUUACGUGGAAAUCUUGAUUCACGUCUAUCAUUCGGAGGUCAAUGGUGUGAAAUACGAACUUAUCUUACUCAUGUUUGUUUUUGUUCUUUGUAUUAUUCAUUUGUUCUUCAAGCAAUAUUUCGAUUAUUUCGAAUUAUUUUUUAUAAAUAUAAAAUUUUACAAUCAUUUGGUGUGUUUUUAAUUGCUAUUAUGAUCCAAUGGAUUUUAUCAUUUCUUUGUAUUCUUCCAAAUUUAUUAUUAAAUGAUUUUCAAUAUUUACCAACGGAAUAUAAUUGUUGGAUUGCUUUUGAAAAUAUUCGUGGACUUAUUUUAGUUUUAAUAACUAUUUUUAAUAAUCCUCUAUCAAUUAUAUUUACAAUAUAUACUCAAAUUAUUCGAUAUACGCGUCGUCCAACUCAAAUUCAACAACGACGAAAAAAUUCAAAUAAAAGAGAUUUGAUUAUUUUAAAACGUAUCGUUAUUCUUGUUUUUAUUGUUGUUGGUAUUGGUCUACCGACAGCUGGAAUUGUAUUAACAUACAUGAUUACGAAAUAUGUAGUACCAUUUGCUUAUCAUAUUCAAGGUUUGAGUAUAUCACUUGGAGUAUUAGUUGAAUCGAUUUCAUUAAUAUUUAUUACACCACAAAUACAAGAUAUAUUCCGAUGGAAUCAAGCACGAGUUUAUCCUGUUGAAACGAGAGUUGCAACAGUUGCUCAACAAAACAAACAGGACAAAAAAUAA